CUAGCAGAGCUCGAUCGCUUGUUCUUACGAUCAGCAGGGUCCCUUUCACGCCUUUUCGCCCUCUUAUCGCCCGGAUCGAAAACGCUGUCGUUAUCUCUUCAUCCCACCACCUUCUAAGAUCGACCAAGACGACGAAACAGACCGAAACCACGAUACCCAAGACCCUUCGCAACAACCGCGGAAGGCAAGAUGUGGUCCUGGUUCGGCGGGGCAGCAGCCCAGAAGCGCAAGGAUGCGCCCAAAAACGCCAUCCUGAUGCUGCGGGAGCAGCUGGACAUGCUACAGAAGCGGGAGAGACAUCUGGAGAAUCAGAUGGAGGAGCAGGAGGCUAUAGCGAAGAAGAAUGUUACGGCGAAUAAAACUGCGGUUGCGAAAGCGGCUCUUCGGAGGAAAAAGGUCCACGAGAAGAACCUUGAACAGACGACGGCGCAGAUUACCCAACUCGAACAGCAGAUUUACUCAAUCGAAGCGGCGAAUAUCAACCAGGAGACUCUGAAUGCGAUGAAGGCGGCUGGUUCUGCCAUGACACAGAUUCACGGGUCUAUGACGAUCGAUAAGGUCGACGAGACAAUGGACCAACUCCGAGAACAACACCAACUCAGCGAGGAAAUCGCUCAGGCUAUCACCAGCCAGUCCGUGGGCGAACAACCAGACGAGGACGAGUUGGAUGCCGAACUCGAAGGAUUGGAGCAGGAGGCUAUGGACGAGCGUAUGCUCAAGACAGGGACAGUACCUGUGGCCGACCAGAUCAACCGGUUACCUGCUGCCGCGAAUGGAGAGCCCAAGGACAAAACGAAGCAAGCCGAGGAAGAAGACGAGGAAUUAUUUUCGUUUUAGCGCUUUUUCCUUCUUCUUUCCUUCUUUCCUUUCAAGCCUUGAUGCAUGAUGAAUGUUCUACCGGGAAUACUUUGAUUCUUGUUCUAAUGCUUUUAUUCCUAUUCAUACUCUAUUGGCGUAAUUGGGUUACCGUUUCUGGGGUUGUGUUUGUUUUAGAUUCGCUGAUAAACCGGCAUACAUGUGCUCAAUGGGAUUUACUACCUUUCCACGUAUCUAGUCAAUCAUUUGACAUUUUUUAUGGAUUAUUUGUAUGAUAGAGGUAUCCUCGAAAGGGACUAACAAACAUGAAAACCUCGAUUAAUCAGUUUUGCAGCAAAAACGAAACUCCUUUUCUCCUAGAAACCCAAUCCCAUGCCAUCGAGCAAAGCAUAAAAAGGGAGAAAGAAAAAAAAAAAAAAUCAAAAAUCAAAAAUC